AUGACCGGUAUUGUAGACUCUGCGCUGGCAGAGCAAAAUAUGACGCCCGACUACGAGAUCAGGCUCUUACUCAACCCAGCCAAGGUCCUAAACCCUGAGAAUGAGCUAAUGGGCACCGUCCUGUCCACCUUCGGUAUACCCUCGACUGCCACUAUGCCCCAAACUGCCACCAAGCUCAAUGUCCAAUUCCUCGACACAUGCUCUAAGGAAAUAUACACAGCCGGCUGGAGCAUUCGUAUCCGCAAAGCUGAAGGCGACGAUAAAUUCGAGUUAAAUUAUAAGAGGCGGUAUGCUAUAACUGGCGGUGACAUCGACACUGCUCUUACUAUAGCUAAUAACGAUGGUUUUAAUACCGGCACUACGAACUACGAGGCGCAAGUCGAAUGGGGAUACGAGAAGCAGACACUUUCUAUCAGCCGUAAGAAGAGAGCGGCUUCUGAUGAUAGCGGAACAGACCUACCGGGAAUAAUUGAAUCUCGAAGAAUGCUUAUUGAUGAAGCACCGGACAGGUUUAACAACUUUAAAUUCAAUGAAUGGGGCACUGAGGCAAUAGCAGUGUCACGCAUCUUCGGCCCAGUCCUCUUCAGUCGAUAUAUUGGCUCGUGGAAGAGAAUACCGCUAUAUAUAGAGGUCUGGCCCCUCCUGAACUCCGAAGGAACGGACAUCGAGCAUAGCGUGGAGGCUUCUUUUAAGACAAAAGAUCGUGCGACAGCCUCGACUGGGCAGGAAACGUUAGUCGCCUGCUUAAAGAAUAAUGGGUGGUUUCUCGCAAAGGAUUCUCUCAAGACAAAGCUUAUUAUGGAGCGCUACUGA